GCUAAUCUAGUGAUAAUGGCGGAUGCUAUAAUUUCAGUUGUGGUGGAGAGAGCUGCAGCCCUCAUCGAGGAACAGAUUCGCUAUGAAGUCAAUUCGGUGAGAGGCGUCAAGAAGGAGCUUCUCGAGCUCUCAGACAAGCUCGAGACGAUCAUAAAUGUGUUGGAUGAUGCAGAGAACAGAGGAGUGAAGGAUCUGAGUGUCAAACGCUGGUUGAAGAGGCUCGAAAACACAGCUUAUGAGAUGGACGACAUUUUGGAUGAAUGGAACUACUCACUUCUCAAACAUAACAUGAAGCUUCUAAGGUGGAAGGCUCUACUGAGCAAAAGGUACAUGCGCUGCUCCUUCAUCCCAUCUUCGUGUUUAUGUUUCGAAGAAGUUUAUGUUCGUCGUGAAACUGCCGAUAAGAUAGAACAUGUGAAAGCCACACUUGAUCAGAUUUUAAAGGAUAAAGAUGAUUUUAAUUUUGUCGUCUCUCUGCCUACAACUAGUCAUGUGCCCACAUCCAGGCGAGAACAAUCCACACAUUUGAUUGACUUGAAGAAUGUUCAUGGGUUGGACAUACUUAGGAAAAAAAAUGACAUAGUCAACAAAAUGAUGCUUAAUGAUGGUGAAACACAAAUUUUGUCUAUAGUUGGGACCGGAGGACUUGGGAAAACUACUCUGGCCAAACUUGUUUAUAAUGAUUCUCAAGUGGAGGAUUGUUUUAAAUUGAAAAUAUGGAUUUGUGUUUCUGAUCCCUUUGAUGUGGUUUGCGUUGCCAAAGGAAUUGUUGACAGUGUGGGAACAGAAACGAUUCCUCCAAAUACUGACCAAUUGGCACUGGUGUUACAAAAACUAGAAGCAUCUGUUUCAGGAAAAAAGUUUCUUCUUGUCCUUGAUGAUGUUUGGACAGAAGACGAAAGUAAAUGGAAGGACCUGAAAAUCAGUCUCCAAUGUGGUGCAGCAGGUAGUAAAAUUCUCGUGACAACGAGAAAUGAAAGGGUGGCUAAGAUGAUGGGUACCCCCGAUAAUGACAUAUGUCGCCCAAAUCAUCUUAGUGAAGAAGAGUGUUGGUCAUUAUUGCGUGACACGUCCCUUCCAGGAAAGAGUGAGGAAGAAUGUGUGAAAUUUGAGGGUGUUGGCAAGAAAAUAGCUAGCAAGUGCAAGGGAUUGCCUCUUGCUGCAAUUGUCUUGGGAAGGCUUUUACGGUUCAAAGAUUUGGAAGGGUGGAAACAUGUGGAGAAUAGUGAAAUAUGGCAAAUGGAGAAGGUUGAAGUAGAGCUUUUUCCUCAUUUGGUUUUAAGCUACAAUGAAUUGUCCCCGACUCUUAAGCGUUGUUUUUCAUAUUGUGCUUUCUAUCCUAAAGAUCACCAAAUUCAUGCGGGGACUUUGAUAGAACAGUGGAUGGCUUUAGGCUAUCUGCGCUCUGCUAGUGGAAAUGAUGAAGUGGAACUCAAAGGGAGAGAGUGCUUGAACAAUUUAGCAAUGCGUUCUUUGUUUCAAGACGUUGAGGUAAGUGAGUCGGGGGAGCAGAUAGAAUGGUGCAAAAUGCAUGAUAUAGUACAUGAUUUUGCUCUAUUUCUUAGAAAGAAUGAUGGUAAAGGAAGAAGUUGUCAGAUUUGUGAUUCUUCAAUGGUUUCUCAUGUCCAAGAAUAUCGUAGUCUAUCUUGGAGCUACUACAGAGAGAGAGGGGAGUUUCGUCAAGUUUGUGACUGUUUGAAAAGUCUUAGGGUGUUAAAAGUUGAAGGCGACUACAGAUCUCCACCUCCACCACAGGGAAUGGAAACGCUGAUUCACUUGAGGUGGUUGGAAUUUAGACGGGUCAAACUGCCAAAGGAUGGCCUCAAAAUCAUAUGUAGGCUUUAUUUCUUGCAAACUCUUGUCUUAUCAGGUUGCUUUAUAACUGAGAUUCCGCGAGAAAUUGAGAAUUUGAUGCAUUUAAGGCAACUUGACUUAAGUUGGAAUCAAGAACUAAAGGACUUACCAGACAGCAUGUGUAAAUUGGUUGAAUUGCGAACUCUUUCCAUAGCAAAGUGUUCUCUAAAAGAGAUUCCAUCAGAAAUUGAGAAUUUGGUGCAGCUAAGACGACUUGACUUAAGUGGUAAUGCAUCAUUAAAGGAGUUACCAGAGAGCAUAUAUAGUUUGGUUGAAUUGCGAUCUCUUUCCUUAGGACACUGCUCUCUAAAAGAGAUUCGUGGAGGAAUUGGGAAAUUGGUUCAGCUAAGACAACUUGACAUAAGUUUGAAUUGGGAAAUACAUGAGUUACCAGAGAGCAUUUGUAGUUUGGUUGAACUGCAAGUCUUGAAGAUUCGAGGCACUAGUAUCAUCUAUUUGCCCGAAGCAAUAGGUGAGUUAAGUAAUCUUCGUACACUGGAACUGUGUAGACUCAUAGUAGGGAGUCAUUACAAUAAGCUGGGAUUUCUGACAAAAUUAGACGGUCUUCUUACCGGAUCUCUAGUAUUGGAAAUUUACUGUAGUAGUAUGAGUGAAAUGGUGGAAUUGGUUGAGGAUGCUGGAAAAGCACAACUAAAGAUGCUCCUUCAAAAACUCAAAGAACUCAAGAUAUGUUUCAUGUGUAGGAUGAAUGAAACGGAGCAGUCAUCAUCAUCAAUGUGGAUGGAGGUAAUAGAAGCUCUCGUGCCCCAUUACAAGUUGAAGGAACUGAUAAUCUAUGGGUAUGGGGGAUCGAGGCUUCCGCAUUGGAUGUCAUCACCUCUCAACUUUAUAAAAGAGAUCCAUUUGUGUCAUUUGAGUGAGGUGUUGUCACUGCCGGCUAUGGGGAAACUACCUUUGUUGGAGAAAAUCAAUAUUUGGAAAGUGGAGCAAUUGAAGUUGGUUGGACAUGAGUUUUUAGGAAUAGAAUCUUCAUCUGAUGAUGAUGUUGUUGCAUUUCCUAAACUCAAGGAUCUGACUUUUACUGAGUGCCAGAAAUGGGAGGAGUGGGAGGACAUAACGGAGGAAGAAGAAGAAUCCACGGCCAUCUCCAUCAUGCCUUAUCUCACAGAGUUGACUAUCCAUGGGUGUGAGAGUCUGAAGAAGCUGCCACAUCGCCUACUGCAUAAAGCUUCCUCGUCUUUGCGAUGUUUGAAUAUUUAUCAUUCACCUGAGCUAAUAAAAACAUACGGAGAUGAAAACAAAGGUUCACCUAAUUGGAGAUCUAUAUCCCAAUAUAAUCCCCAGCUUCAACUUUGCCAUGAACACAGGUUCUACUAAUGCAAAAUUUAAAUCUUUUUCUUCAUUACUAGUUUAUUUUACAGAUUGUAUUUGGAUGUAUUUUUCUUCUUUAAUCAUAAAUCUUUAGACUGGAGUGUUUAAUAAGGUCCGGCCUUGAGUGAUCUUUUGUGUUCUCCAAGGUUUAGGUUUUGCUGUUUUUCUUUUCUUUUAGUAUGAUAUACUUAUUUGGCUUCUUUCUUGUGUGAUAAAAAUAUGUACUUAUGUUUCAUCAGAUCAUUCUUUGGGCAUACUUGUUAAAUUUAUGUAUAUUUGAAAAUGAACAUGA